AUGUCUCCCACUACUAGCCAAAAUGGAAACGGUCGUGGCUACCAAGUUCAUAAUCAAGGGGCCCAGAAUAUGACCAUUGGUGAGGUGCCUCACAAAAUUCCCGUUUUCGACUCUGGAGACCCCAAGUCAAUGCUGGCCAAACGGAAGUGGAUGCUUGAACAUAUGGCUGGUGCAUUUCGUGUGUUUGGUGCCAAGGACUACACUGAAGGUGCCGCUGGCCAUAUAUCAAUAAGGGAUCCAAUUAACCCAGACACUUUCUGGAUAAACCCUUUGGGUGUUCAUUAUAACAUGCUCAAAGCCUCAGACAUGGUUCAAGUAGAUGAGCAUGGUAACAUCGUUGGUGGAUCUAGGAAAGCUAUCAAUAAAGCGGGCUUCAUGAUCCACUCUGCACUUCACAAAGCUAGGCCAGAUGUGCUUGCCGCGUGCCAUACACAUUCUAUAUAUGGUAAAGCAUACUCGACAUUUGGAAAGCAUCUUGAUAUGAUUAACCAGGAUGCAUGUGUAUUUUACAAUUGUCACAGUGUAUAUGAAGAUUUUGGAGGUGUGGCUGUUGAGGAUGAAGAGGGUCGCAAAAUUGCCCAGGCUCUAGGACCGACCAACAAAGCUGUUAUUUUACAGAAUCAUGGUCUAUUGACUGUUGGCCAAACUGUCGAUGAGGCGGCUUAUUUAUUUACGUUGAUGGAGAGAAGUUGUCAGGCACAGCUUCUGGCAGAUGCUGCAGAGUCAUCAGGAAAACCUAAGAUGUUUAUACCCGAGCAAGAUGCAUUAUUUACUUAUAAUGCAACCAGUGAUGCUGAGUCACUCUACCAAGAGUUCCAACCAGAUUUUGAAUACGAAGUUUAUAAAGCAAAGGGUGACUUUUUAGAUUUAUAA